GCCCAUCAGCUUGAUAAUGGAGGAGAACAAUGACUCUGGCGAGAACCCUCAACCAGGCCAAGGGCGGCAGAGUGGCAUGAAGUGUGGGUGGCUGAGGAAGCAAGGAGGUUUUGUCAAGACUUGGCAUACCCGCUGGUUCGUUCUCAAGGGAGAUCAGCUGCAUUAUUUCAAAGAUGAAGAUGAAACCAAGCCCUUGGGUACUAUUUUUCUGCCUGGAAACAAAGUCCUUGAGCAUCCCUGCAAUGAAGAGAGUCCAGGAAAAUUCCUUUUUGAAGUCAUCCCAGGAGGAGAUCGUGUGCGGAUGACUGCAAAUCAUGAAAGCUACCUCCUCAUGGCGAGUACCCAGAAUGACAUGGAAGACUGGGUGAAGUCUAUCCGCCGGGUGAUAUGGGGACCCUUUGGAGGAGGUAUUUUUGGACAGAAAUUGGAAGACACUGUCCGCUAUGAGAAACGUUAUGGGAAUCGGCUGGCUCCAAUGUUGGUGGAGCAGUGUGUGGACUUUAUCCGGCAACGGGGGCUGAAGGAAGAAGGGCUCUUUCGACUGCCAGGUCAGGCUAAUCUCGUUAAAGAGCUCCAGGAUGCCUUUGACUGUGGAGAAAAGCCAUCAUUUGACAGCAACACAGACGUGCACACGGUGGCGUCACUUCUUAAACUGUAUCUCCGGGAACUUCCAGAACCAGUUAUUCCUUAUGCAAAGUAUGAAGAUUUUUUGUCUUGUGCUAAACUGCUCAGCAAGGAUGAAGAAGCAGGUGUUAAGGAAUUAGCAAAGCAAGUGAAGAGUUUGCCAGUGGUCAACUACAACCUCCUCAAGUAUAUUUGCAGAUUCUUGGAUGAAGUACAGUCCUAUUCGGGAGUUAACAAAAUGAGUGUGCAGAACUUGGCAACUGUCUUUGGCCCUAAUAUCCUACGCCCUAAAGUGGAAGAUCCUUUGACCAUCAUGGAAGGCACUGUGGUGGUACAGCAGUUGAUGUCAAUGAUGAUUAGCAAACACGAUUGCCUCUUCCCGAAAGAUGUGGAACUCCAAAGCAAGCCUCAAGAUGGAGUGGGCAACAACAACAAUGAAAUACAGAAGAAAGCAACCAUGGGUCAGUUACAGAAUAAGGAAAAUAAUAAUACCAAAGACAGCCCUGGCAGGCAAUGUUCUUGGGACAAGUCAGAAUCCCCGCAGAGGUGUGGUGUGGACAAUGGAUCUCCCACGGCUUUAUCAGGCAGCAAAACCAACAGCCCACGGAAUAGUGUUCACAAGCUGGAUGUCUCUAGGAGUCCUCCUCUCAUGGUCAAAAAGAACCCAGCUUUCAAUAAGGGCAGUGGAAUAGUCACAAAUGGGUCCUUCAGCAGUAGUAAUGCAGAAUGUCUGGAGAAAACCCAAACCACCCCCAAUGGGAGCUUGCAAGCCAGAAGGAACUCUUCAUUGAAGGGAUCUGGUACCAAGAUGGGCACCCACAGUGUGCAAAAUGGAACAGUACGCAUGGGCAUUUUGAACACGGAUACUCUUGGGAACCCCAUGAAUGGUCGCGGCAUGAGCUGGUUGCCCAAUGGGUAUGUGACUCUAAGGGACAAUAAGCAGAAAGAUCAAGCAGGAGAGUCCAGCCAGCACAACAGGCUCUCUACUUAUGAUAACGUCCAUCAGCAGUUCUCCAUGAUGAACGUUGAUGACAAGCAGAGUGUCGACAGUGCCACGUGGUCUACUUCUUCUUGCGAAAUCUCCCUCCCUGAGAACUCCAAUUCCUGUCGUUCCUCCACAACUACUUGCCCAGAACAAGACUUUUAUGGUGGAAACUUUGAGGACCCUGUUUUAGAUGGUCCACCACAGGACGAUCUUUCCCACCCUGGAGACUAUGAAAACAAAAGUGACCGAAGGAGUGUGGGAGGUAGAAGUAGUCGUGCCACCAGCAGCAGUGACAACAGUGAGACAUUUGUUGGUAACAACACUAGCAACCACAGUGCCCUGCACAGCUUAGUUUCAAGCCUGAAACAAGAAAUGACCAAACAGAAGAUAGAAUAUGAGUCCAGGAUAAAGAGCUUAGAACAGCGAAACUUGACUUUGGAAACGGAAAUGAUGAGCCUUCAUGAUGAACUGGAUCAAGAAAGGAAAAAGUUCACAAUGAUAGAAAUCAAAAUGCGAAAUGCUGAGCGAGCGAAAGAAGAUGCAGAGAAAAGAAAUGACAUGCUACAGAAAGAAAUGGAGCAGUUCUUUUCCACUUUUGGGGAGUUGACAGUGGAACCCAGGAGAAAUGAGAGAGGAAACACAAUAUGGAUCCAGUGAAUCUAGCCUCUUCUGCUCUCUCCAAUGGCUCUGGGAAAGACUCGGGAAAUUCUAGUGGGAUAGUAUAUGGGAACAGGUGACUGGUCACCUGACUGUACAGUGAUCUAACUGGUGAAAGAAUAUUAUUUACAAACAUUAACCAUCCUUAUUUGCAAUGUGUACCAAAGUUAUAUCAUGCCUCAUAUUGCUACUGUCAAGUGUUACAACUGGAUAUGUGUAUAUAGAGUAGUUUUUAAAAAGUAAACUAAAAAUGAAAAGCAUAUCUCAAGAAAUAUUUUAUUGCAAGUCUUGUAUUUAAACUGUUGAAUCAAUAAGUUGUUGCAAUUUAGCUUGCUUUCAAGCUUCACCCCUUGCACUUAACAUAAGCUAUUUUUGGCAUUGUGUUACCAUCCACUUAUUUUAUAGAUCAAUAUUUUUAUUUCCCCUUUUGCUGAGGAAAUGAAGAUAAGCAGAAAUAUAACUAUAUAUGAAUAUAUAUAUAUAUAAUAUGAGUUAUUAAAAUCAAAAGAAUACUUUGUGGCUGUGAUGUUUGUGCUAGUAGACCUUACCCAUGACCAAAAAGAGAAAUGUAAAUAUCUUUAUAAAAGAUAGUAAAGUCAGAUCUUUGAGCUGCUUUUUCAAUCUUUCCCUCGGUUUUCCUUUGUGGGAUGGUUUAAUACAGGAAAUUGGAAACUGUGUAAAUGCUCUCCCCUUCU